AUGUCGUCGCACGUCUUCCUCGGGAAUGAGGGCGCCCGCAACAAGGCCUGGCUCAAGAUCACAAUGGAUUACACCACGAAUGCCUACAUUGCAGCAAUGCUUCUCCGUAUGUGGCCAGAAACCCUCCGACCUUUCGUUCACUGGGUUUUGCCACAGUGUCGCACACUUAGGAAGCAAGUCGCCAAUGCACGGCAAAUAGUCACCGACAUCAUCGAUAAACGACGACAGGGAAAGGCGACCGCGGAAGCUGAAGGUCGCCUUGAACCCGUGUUGAACGAUGUGAUUGAGUGGUUUGCACAGGACGAGAAGGAAGAGGGCAGCGAUUACGACCCAGUGAUCGGACAGCUCAUCCUUAUGCAAGCAGCGAUUCACACAACAACCGAUCUCCUCACACAGACGCUGUUGGACAUAGCCUUAAAUCCGGAUAUCACCGAUACUUUACGAAGGGAAGUCGCCGAAUCGGUAUGCCAACACGGCUGGUCAAAGUCUUCACUCGCCGAAAUGCGUCUCGUUGACGCCACCAUCAAAGAAAGCCAAUAG